UCCUUUCUACUGCCGCAGAAGAGACGAGCGGCGGGACCCAGACACUUCGCCGAGGCACAGCGGGCCGGCAGGAUGGCGACCGUGGUGGUGGAAGCCGCCGAGCCGGAGCCGUCCGGCAGCAUCGCCAACCCGGCGGCGUCCACCUCGCCUAGCCUGUCGCAUCGCUUCCUCGACAGCAAGUUCUACCUGCUGGUGGUCGUCGGCGAAAUCGUGACCGAGGAGCACCUACGGCGCGCCAUCGGCAACAUCGAACUCGGAAUCCGAUCAUGGGACACCAACCUGAUUGAAUGCAACCUGGACCAAGAACUGAAACUUUUUGUGUCUCGACACUCUGCUAGAUUCUCUCCUGAAGUGCCAGGACAAAAGAUCCUUCAUCAUCGAAGUGACGUUUUAGAAACAGUGGUCCUGAUCAACCCCUCAGAUGAAGCAGUCAGCACUGAGGUGCGCUUGAUGAUCACAGAUGCUGCCCGACACAAGCUGCUCGUGCUGACCGGGCAAUGCUUUGAAAAUACCGGAGAGCUCAUUCUCCAGUCCGGCUCUUUCUCCUUCCAGAACUUCAUAGAGAUUUUCACCGAUCAAGAGAUUGGGGAAUUACUGAGUACCACCCAUCCUGCCAACAAAGCCAGCUUAACCCUGUUCUGUCCUGAAGAAGGGGACUGGAAGAACUCCAAUCUCGACAGACACAAUCUCCAAGACUUCAUCAAUAUUAAACUCAACUCAGCUUCUAUAUUGCCAGAAAUGGAAGGACUUUCCGAGUUUACCGAGUAUCUCUCAGAAUCAGUGGAAGUCCCAUCUCCCUUUGAUAUCUUAGAACCUCCCACAUCGGGCGGAUUCCUAAAGCUCUCCAAGCCUUGUUGUUACAUUUUUCCAGGAGGGAGGGGCGAUUCUGCAUUGUUUGCCGUGAAUGGAUUCAAUAUGCUCAUCAACGGAGGAUCAGAAAGGAAAUCCUGCUUCUGGAAGCUCAUCCGACACUUGGACCGAGUGGACUCCAUCCUACUCACCCACAUUGGGGAUGACAAUUUGCCUGGAAUAAACAGCAUGCUACAGCGGAAAAUUGCAGAGCUCGAGGAAGAACAGUCCCAGGGCUCCACCACAAAUAGUGACUGGAUGAAAAACCUCAUCUCCCCUGACUUAGGAGUUGUAUUUCUCAAUGUUCCUGAAAAUCUGAAAAAUCCAGAGCCAAACAUCAAGAUGAAGAGAAGCAUAGAAGAAGCUUGCUUCACUCUCCAGUACCUAAAUAAAUUGUCCAUGAAGCCAGAACCUCUUUUCAGAAGUGUAGGCAAUACCAUUGAUCCUGUCAUUCUUUUCCAAAAAAUGGGAGUUGGUAAACUUGAGAUGUAUGUCCUUAACCCAGUCAAGAGCAGCAAGGAAAUGCAGUAUUUCAUGCAGCAGUGGACUGGCACCAACAAAGACAAGGCUGAACUAAUCCUGCCUAACGGUCAAGAAAUAGAUAUCCCAAUUUCCUACUUAACUUCAGUCUCCUCUUUGAUCGUGUGGCAUCCAGCAAACCCUGCAGAGAAAAUCAUCCGGGUCCUGUUUCCUGGCAAUAGCACCCAAUACAAUAUCCUGGAAGGACUGGAAAAGCUCAAACAUUUAGACUUUCUGAAACAGCCGCUGGCCACCCAGAAGGACCUAACUGGCCAGGGGGUGACUCCAGCUGUGAAACAAGUAAAACUGAAACAGAGAGCCGAUAGCCGGGAAAGUCUGAAGCCAGCCGCAAAGCCACUUCCUAGCAAAUCUGUCCGAAAGGAGUCUAAGGAAGAGACCCCCGAUGUUGCAAAAGCUAAUCAUGUGGAAAAGGCACCCAAAGUUGAAAGCAAAGAAAAGGUGACAGUGAAAAAAGACAAGCCCGUAAAAACAGAGACCAAACCUCUAGUGACCGAAAAGGAGGUCCCCAGCAAAGAAGAGCUGACUCCCGUGAAAGCCGAGGUGGCUGAAAAGCCCGCCACAGAUGUCAAACCCAAAGUUGCCAAGGAGAAGACAGUGAAAAAGGAAACAAAGGCAAAAUCUGAAGAGAAGAAAGAGGAGAAGGAGAAGCCAAAGAAAGAAGUGGCUAAAAAGGAGGACAAAACACCCGUCAAGAAGGAAGAAAAACCCAAAAAGGAAGAGGUGAAAAAGGAAGUGAAAAAAGAAAUCAAGAAAGAAGAGAAAAAAGAACCCAAGAAAGAGGUUAAGAAAGAAACCCCACUAAAGGAAGCCAAGAAGGAGGUGAAGAAGGAAGAGAAGAAGGAAAUUAAAAAGGAAGAAAAGGAACCCAAAAAAGAAAUUAAGAAACUUCCUAAAGACACAAAGAAAUCAUCUACUCCUCUACCUGAAGCCAAAAAACCAGCUGCAUUAAAACCAAAAGUACCCAAGAAGGAAGAGGCAGUUAAAAAAGAUUCUGUUGCUGCUGGGAAGCCAAAGGAGAAGGGGAAGAUUAAAGUCGUUAAGAAGGAAGGCAAGACACCGGAGGCUGCGGCCGCAGCCAUUGGCUCUGUGGCCGCGGCCGCGGCUGUGAUGGCCGCAGCUGGAAUAGCAAGCGCCGGCCCUGCCAAAGAACUUGAGGCCGAGAGGUCCCUUAUGUCAUCCCCUGAGGAUCUGACCAAGGACUUUGAAGAGUUAAAGGCCGAAGAGGUCGAUGUGGCAAAAGACAUGAAGCCUCAGCUGGAGCUGAUCGAAGAUGAGGAGAAACUGAAGGAAACAGAGCCAGUCGAAGCCUAUGUCAUCCAGAAAGAGACAGAAGUCAUCAAAGGUCCUGCUGAGUCUCCCGAUGAGGGAAUCACCACCACUGAAGGGGAGGGCGAAUGUGAACAAACGCCCGAGGAGCUGGAGCCAGUCGAGAAGCAGGGGGUGGACGACAUUGAAAAAUAUGAAGAUGAAGGAGCCGGUUUUGAAGAAUCCUCAGAGACUGGAGACUAUGAGGAGAAGGCAGAAACUGAGGAGGCCGAGGAGCCGGAAGAGGACGUUGAAGAAAAUGUGUGUGUGAGCACCUCCAAGCACAGCCUCGUGGAGGAAGAGGAAAGUGCCAAGGCUGAGGCAGAUGUGCAUAUCAAGGAGAAGAGGGGGUCUCUGGCCAGUGGAGAUGACAGAGCAGAAGAAGACAUGGAUGAGGCAGUGGAGAAAGGAGAAGCUGAACUAUCUGAGGAGGAGGGUGAUGAAGAGGACAGAGCCGAGGAUGCCAGAGAGGAAGAAUAUGAGCCCGAAAAAGCUGAAGCUGAAGAUUACGUGAUGGCCGUGGUUGACAAGGCUGCGGAGGCUAGCGGUGUCGAGGAUCAGUAUGGAUUCCUUACCACAGCCAUCAAGCAACCAGGAGCCCAGUCUCCUGCCCGAGAACCUGCAUCUUCAAUUCAUGAUGAGACUUUACCUGGAGGCUCAGAGAGUGAGGCCACCGCUUCUGAUGAGGAGAAUCGAGAAGACCAGCCUGAAGAAUUCACGGCCACCUCUGGCUACACUCAGUCUACCAUUGAGAUAUCCAGCGAGCCCACCCCAAUGGAUGAGAUGUCUACUCCUCGCGAUGUGAUGAGUGAUGAGAUCAACAAUGAAGAGACAGAGUCCCCAUCUCAAGAAUUUGUAAACAUCACCAAAUACGAGUCUACACUGUAUUCGCAGGAAUACUGCAAACCUGCUGUUACGUCACUCAAUGGAUUAUCUGAUGGAUCAAAAACAGAUGCCACAGAUGGGAAGGACUACAAUGCGUCAGCCUCCACCAUCUCACCACCAUCAUCCAUGGAGGAAGACAGAUUUAGCAAAUCUGCUCUGCGUGAUGCUUACUGCUCCGAAGAGAAAGACCUGAAAGCCAGUGCCACACUGACGAUCAAAGACACCAUCUCAGCAGUUUCUGAUGAAAAACUUAGUCCACCCAAGAGCCCAUCCCUGAGCCCAUCUCCUCCAUCACCCAUAGAAAAGACCCCCCUGGGUGAACGCAGUGUGAACUUUUCUCUGACGCCCAAUGAGAUUCAAGUCUCAGCAGAGGCAGAAGCAGCCCCAGUGUCUCCUGAGGUGACCCAAGAAGUAGUUGAAGAACGUUGUGCUAGUCCUGAGGAUAAGACCCUGGAAGUCGUGUCUCCAUCUCAGUCUGUAACUGGCAGCGCUGGCCACACACCUUACUACCAGUCUCCCACUGAAGAGAAAUCUAGUCACCUCCCCACAGAAGUAAUUGAAAAACCACCAGCAGUUCCCGUGAGUUUUGAAUUCAGUGAUGCCAAAGAUGAGAAUGAAAGGGCUUCCAUAAGCCCCAUGGAUGAACCUGUGCCUGACUCGGAAUCUCCUAUUGAAAAAGUUUUGUCUCCUUUACGGAGCCCUCCCCUAAUUGGAUCCGAGUCUGCAUAUGAAGGUUUUCUAAGUGCUGACGACAAGGCUGCUGAUAGAGGUGCUGAAAGCCCCUUUGAAGGAAAGAAUGGAAGACACGGCUUUCCAGACGAAAUAAGUCCAGUUUCUGACAUAACUUCUGCUGGUCUUUUCCAAGACAAAGAGGAAGGGAAGAGCACAGACUUUAUACCAAUAAAGGAAGACUUUGGUCAAGAAAAGAAAACUGACGAUGUCGAAGCCAUGGGUUCUCAAUCUGGACUGGCUUUAGAUGAGAGGAAGUUAGGAGGAGAUGUUUCUCCUACACAAAUAGAUGUCAGUCAGUUUGGAUCUUUUAAGGAAGACACUAAGAUGUCCAUUUCUGAAGGCACUGUCUCAGACAAGUCGGCUACUCCUGUUGAUGAGGGUGUAGCAGAAGACACAUACUCUCAUAUGGAGGGUGUGGCCUCAGUAUCCACAGCUUCCGUGGCUACAAGCUCAUUUCCAGAGCCAACAACAGAUGACGUGUCUCCUUCUCUGCAUGCCGAAGUUGGCUCCCCACAUUCCACAGAAGUAGAUGAUUCCCUUUCAGUGUCUGUUGUGCAAACGCCUACUACUUUCCAGGAAACAGAAAUGUCUCCAUCUAAAGAAGAAUGUCCAAGACCAAUGUCAAUUUCUCCACCAGAUUUCUCCCCUAAAACAGCCAAAUCCAGGACACCAGUCCAAGAUCACAGAUCAGAACAGUCCUCAAUGUCUAUUGAAUUUGGCCAAGAAUCCCCUGAGCAUUCCCUUGCUAUGGACUUUAGUCGACAGUCUCCAGAUCACCCUACGGUGGGUGCGAGUAUGCUUCACAUCACUGAAAAUGGGCCCACUGAAGUGGAUUACAGUCCUUCUGACAUGCAGGACUCUAGUUUAUCACAUAAGAUACCACCAAUGGAGGAGCCGUCCUACACCCAAGAUAAUGAUCUUUCUGAGCUCAUCUCAGUGUCUCAGGUUGAGGCCUCCCCAUCCACCUCUUCAGCACAUACUCCCUCUCAGAUAGCGUCUCCUCUCCAAGAAGACACCCUGUCUGACGUCGUUCCUCCCAGAGAUAUAUCCUUAUAUGCCUCACUCACCUCAGAAAAAGUGCAAAGUCUAGAAGGAGAGAAGCUCUCACCAAAAUCUGAUAUUUCUCCACUCACCCCAAGAGAGUCCUCUCCUUUAUAUUCACCUAGCUUUUCAGAUUCUACCUCGGCCGUCAAAGAGGACAUAGCAGUUUGCCACGCUUCCUCCCCUCCAUCGAUGGAUGCAGCACCUGCAGAGCCCUAUGGCUUCCGUGCCUCGAUGUUAUUUGAUACGAUGCAACACCAGCUGGCCUUGAACAGAGAUUUGAUCUCGUCUGGUGUGGAGAAGGACAGUGGAGGGAAGACACCUGGUGACUUCAGCUAUGCUUAUCAAAAGCCUGAGAAAACAACCAUGUCCCCAGAUGAAGAAGGUUACGACUAUGAGUCUUAUGAGAAAACCACCCAGCCCCCAGAUGUGAGUGGCUAUUACUAUGAGAAGACAGAGAGAACCACAAAAUCCCCGUGUGACAGCAGCUACUCUUACGACACCAUUGAGAAAACCACCAAGACCCCUGAAGAUGGUGGCUAUGCCUAUGAAAUUGCUGAGAAGACCACCCGGACCCCUGAAGAGGGGGAGUACAGCUACGAGACAAGUGAGAAGACGAUGCGGUCCCCUGAAGGGGGCGGUUACAGCUAUGAAAAGACUGAGACGUCUAGAAGGCUCCUGGAUGACAUCAGCAAUGGCUAUGAUGACUCUGAAGAUGGCGGCCACACACUUGGGGAUUCUAGCUACUCUUACAAGACCACUGAGAAAAUUGCCAGUUUCCCUGAGUCCGAAAGUUUCUCCUAUGAGACAUCUACAACAGCUACCCGAGCCCCUGAUGCUUCCACGUACUGUUAUGAGACGGCAGAGAAAAUUACGAGAACCCCCCAAGCAUCUAUGUAUUCCUAUGAGACUUCAGACCAGUGCUACGCUGCAGAAAAGAAGUCCCCCUCAGAGGCUCGCCAGGACGUGGACUUAUGCCUUGUGUCCUCCUGUGAAUACAAGCAUCCCAAGACGGAACUUUCGCCCUCCUUCAUUAAUCCCAAUCCUCUCGAGUGGUUUGCCAGCGAAGAGCCAACUGAAGAAUCUGAGAAGCCCCUUACCCAAGCGGGGGGAGCCCCGCCACCUCCAGGAGGAAAGCCACAGGGGCGACAAUGUGAUGAAACCCCUCCCACCUCAGUCAGCGAGUCAGCUCCGUCCCAGACAGAUUCUGAUGUCCCCCCGGAGACUGAAGAGUGCCCUUCCAUCACAGCUGAUGCAAAUAUCGACUCUGAAGAUGAAUCAGAAACCAUCCCCACAGACAAAACCGUCACAUACAAACACAUGGACCCACCUCCAGCUCCCAUGCAGGACCGCAGCCCUUCUCCACGCCACCCUGACGUGUCCAUGAUGGACCCGGAGGCCUUGGCCAUUGAGCAGAACCUGGGCAAAGCUCUGAAGAAAGACCUGAAAGAGAAGACCAAAACCAAAAAGCCAGGUACAAAGACCAAAUCGUCAUCACCUGUCAAAAAGGGUGAUGGGAAGUCGAAGCCCUCUGCAGCUUCACCAAAACCAGCGGGCUUGAAAGAAUCCUCAGAUAAGGUGUCCAGAGUGGCUUCUCCUAAGAAGAAGGAAUCUGUGGAAAAAGCAACAAAAACCACUACCACUCCUGAGGUCAAAGCUGCACGUGGGGAAGAGAAAGACAAGGACACCAAGAAUGCCGCCAACGCUUCCACAUCCAAAUCGGUAAAGACGGCAGCUGCAGGACCAGGAACCACCAAGCCUCCCAAGCCCUCAGCUGUGCCUCCAGGCCCCCCUGUGUAUUUGGACCUGUGCUAUAUCCCCAAUCACAGCAAUAGUAAGAAUGUUGAUGUCGAAUUUUUCAAGAGAGUGAGGUCAUCCUAUUACGUGGUGAGUGGGAAUGACCCUGCUGCUGAGGAGCCCAGCCGGGCUGUCCUGGAUGCCUUGUUGGAAGGGAAAGCCCAGUGGGGCAGCAACAUGCAGGUAACCCUGAUCCCUACUCAUGACUCAGAAGUGAUGAGGGAAUGGUACCAAGAGACCCACGAGAAACAACAAGACCUCAACAUCAUGGUUUUAGCAAGCAGCAGCACAGUGGUUAUGCAAGAUGAAUCCUUCCCUGCAUGCAAGAUUGAACUGUAAAAGCCAAGGCCAGCCACACCACAGGAUUUGAACUUUAUUUCCAGAAAUUCUUCAAUUUGAAACCACCUUUUCUAAAAAGUCAAUUCGUCUAAAUAAGUCACUGAACUGUUACCUGCCAAAUGCUAUACUGUGUCAUGGUGAUGCAAGUCACUAAUAUUUCUUAGUUUUUGCUGAUUGCUAAGGGAAGUAACAGUAUUCCCACAGUAGGGUUCAAGUUACUGCAAAAUUACCUACCCCAGUUCAUCUCUGCUGAACAUUUGGAAACCAUGCACUAGCAAACCCAACUGACUUCUGCUAGGUAGAGGCAUUUGUCUUAGAGAGAGAGAGAGAGAGAGAGAGAGAGAAAGAGAGAGAGAGUGCACGCGCACAAUGAGAGAGAACACAGGAGA